AGACUGCGAGAUGAUGAGCGAUGGCAAUAGAAAACAAACCUGGGGUGGAAUUUGACACAGUUUUUGGUCGAAAUGACUCUUUAGAGCUCUCCUCGCACCACGACUAUGAGACUGCACAAGCUCGGAUUUUUAAGAUAAUAGUAAUAGGAGACUCAAAUGUGGGAAAGACGUGUUUGACUUACAGAUUCUGUGGGGGCACUUUCCUGAAAAACCCGGAGGCAACGAUCGGGGUCGAUUUUAGAGAGAGGACGCUGGAGCUCGAUGGGGAGAGUAUCAAGUUGCAGAUCUGGGACACGGCAGGUCAGGAGCGCUUCAGAAAGAGCAUGGUGGAGCACUACUACCGCAGCGUCCAUGCCGUCAUCUUUGUGUACGACGUGACCAGCCUCUCGUCCUUCGAGAGCAUCCCCGAGUGGAUCGAGGAGUGCAGUCGGCACUCCGUGGGGCCCCAGGUGCCCCGCAUCAUGGUAGGAAACAAGUGUGAUCUGAGGGACCGCCGGGAGGUCCCCACAUCAGCUGCCCAGUGUCUUGCCGACCGCUACAACUUCCCAUUGUUCGAGACUUCAGCCAAAGAUCCCACCGAGAAGGAACAUGUUGAUGCUAUCUUUCUGACUAUAGCUUAUAGGCUGAAGAGCCACAAACCUCUGAGACUGAAGCAGCUGAGUGAGUGCAAUGUAAGGCAUCUGUGGAACCAGAGAGAGCAGGAAGCAGCAACUUGUCAAUGCUGAGGUCACCUUUAUCCUGUAAGGAUGUAUUCAGAGCGUGAACAAAGGGCACUACAGCCUUCAGGAACAAUAUUAUGAUGCUGAAGAAAGCAGUGUUGAACCAAGCUACCAAACAAGACUGAAUUCAGAAAGGCCUCUAAUGAUAAUAAGAUAGAAAGGUCAGAAGCUUUCUAUGAUUUUUACACUUUCCCCUUCCUACUGUAAGGCACAGCAGGUAACAGUAUGGGCAAUAGUGUACAUAUAAUUUAAGUUUGCACAAUAUUAAAUCAACAUUUCAAUGAAAUGCAUGAAUGAAUAUGGAGUUAUGACAAGUGUUUGCAGCUCAACCUGCACAUAAAAUCACUUUGAGUAAAAAAAAGAAAAGCAUUGCAGUACAUAGACAAAUAAUAUGCAAUCAGCCGUCUAGCAGCACUAUAACUUAUAUACAGAAUUCAAUGCAGACAGUGAUAAGGAAAAAAUAGAUUUCAGUGUUCGUAAAGGGACCAAUGAGGUAAAUUGCAACUGUGAAGAAAACUGCACUUUCUUUAUGAAAUGUCUUACAGUGAUAUUUUGAGUUCUUCUUUUGUUUGUUUAAAAAAAAAAGGAAGCAUAACUACAGCAUGAGUUUUGAUGCUGUUAUUAAAUACGUAUUUCUCAAAUACAGUGAUGAACAUAACCAGCUUUGCAUCAGCCCAUUUGCCUUCUCAAACCAACCACAAAUCACUUCAGACCAAGAACACUAAUGACAAAAUGUAGCUGUCUUUUGGGACAAAAUGCUAAUCUACACAGUUCACUUGAAAUGCAUGAGUAAACAGGAACUCAGCAGAUCUUGUAAUUCAUCUAUGCUGCAAGGUAUUUAUGUUGUGAGGGAAAAGAAUCACAUCUGACUGAUACUUUUGUUGCAUGUGUACAAUAAUGGCAGCAGUAUGGAGAUUUGUGACUGUGUAAAGCUGCAUAUCAAAUAAAAGUGGUUUUAUCCGUAUAAUUUUCA